CUACAAAUUAUUCGACAUUCGCGCUUGUUUAUUGCUAAUUGUUGUUAUUCUAAAUUUCUAAAGAAAUAAGGUAGGAUUGUUUCUGACAAGUACUUUUUUGAACAAAAUGAAUAAACCAAGGAAUUCAGAUAUCGUUGGAGUCUUGAAAGGCUUACAAAUGGUUGUGAAUGCAAUUGUUAAGAAUCAAGAAGAAUCAUGUAAACGGAUAAUUGAUAAUUCCAGCAUAAAAAGUACUGCUGAGUCUAAUUUGAAAAAAGCUGUAGAAAAUUUCAAAGAAAUUGAUCCAAGUAAGGUUCCCGAAAAAUUCUAUAAUGAAACAAAAGAGUUGGUAGAAAGAAUUUGCACUGUUCAAAGAGGAAUAUUUGAAUACACUAAACACAGAACAUCUGAAGUAACUGGCAUUCCUGUUGAUAGCUCUGGUAACAGUACAGAGAAAUCAACGAAAUUAAAAAUUUAUCAUCCAGCUAAAGACCCAAAGGAAGUUUCAGUAAAUGAAAAUAAUGCAAAAGUUGAUUCAUCUAUUCUUCAUCAAUCGAUGCAAAAGCUAGAAAGACAUGAUAUAGUACAAAUACCUCAAAAAUACAGUAGCGUAAAAGAAAAAAUAGCAACGAUUGGUACUUUAGAUAAAUCCAUUCCUAAAAUACAAUUGAGUGAUAAAGAUAAACUAUUACUCAAACAAUUAGAACUUGAACACGAAAAGAAAAUCAAAAAUAAAGAUAUUUCUGAAAGUCCAAAUUCGUCAAACAUAACUGCAGCAGCAGAAUUGAAAGAAGAUGAAAACAAAAAUAAUCAUGCACAAAGUGAAAAACAAAUUUCUGCAAUACAAUCGAGUUCAAAUAAAAAAAUGAAGCCUGUUAUAAAACCACGAGUAACUUUAUCUCCGGAAGCACAAGCAAGGAAAGUUCCAAGCUCGAGAAUCCAAAGAAUGAUAAGCUUUGGUACUCUUGGAAUAGGAUUAGGAAUUGGUACUAUUGCAGAGUAUGGACGUCGAACACUCGGUUUCAAAGAAGCUAGUGUUGGGCAAUCAUUAGAUAAUAUUUUUUUAACAAAAGCUAAUGCCGAAAGAAUUGUUGCCACUUUAUGCAAAGUUCGAGGUGCUGCUUUAAAAAUUGGUCAAAUACUAAGUAUUCAAGAUAAUAAUGUUAUCAGUCCAGAGCUCCAAAAAGCUUUUGAAAGAGUAAGACAAAGUGCAGAUUUUAUGCCAACAUGGCAAGUUGAGAAAGUUUUAGUCAAUGAAUUAGGCUCUGAUUGGAGAAAUAAAGUUAAGAACUUUGAUGAAAAGCCAUUUGCUGCUGCAUCUAUAGGACAAGUUCAUUUAGCAACACUUCCAAAUGAUCAAGUAGUUGCCAUGAAAAUACAAUAUCCAGGAGUAGCAGAGGGCAUCCAAAGUGAUAUUGAUAAUUUAGUUGGGGUACUAAAAAUUUGGAAUAUAUUUCCAGAAGGAAUGUUUAUAGAUAAUGUGGUGGAAGUUGCCAAGAAAGAAUUAGCAUGGGAAGUAGAUUACGUUCGAGAAGCUGAAUGCUCAAAACACUUCAAAAAAUUGUUGGCACCUUAUCCGGAGUACUACGUUCCGUCUGUUAUAGAUGAAUUGUCUUCUAAGCAAGUUUUGACUACAGAGUUAAUAGAUGGUAUUCCAGUAGAUAAAUGUGCAGAUAUGGACAUGGAAACUAAAGAACAUAUUUGUACACUAAUUAUGCAUCUUUGUUUAAAAGAAUUAUUUGUCUUCUUAUAUAUGCAAACAGAUCCUAAUUGGUCGAAUUUUUUUUAUAAUAUUGAAUCAGGAAAGUUAAUUUUGCUCGACUUUGGAGCUUGCAGAUCAUAUGAGAAGGAAUUUAUGGAUAACUAUAUUGAAAUAAUUGAUGCAGCUAGUAAAGGCGAUCGAGAUCAAGUUUUAAAUCUUUCACGAGAAAUGAAAUUUUUAACAGGAUAUGAAUCAAAGGUCAUGGAGAAAGCACAUGUUGAUGCAGUCAUGAUUUUAGGAGAAAUUUUCAGUGAAAAUACAAAUAAGUACGAUUUUGGGGGUCAAAAUGUAACAAAAAAAAUGCAAUCAUUGGUGCCUACAAUUAUCACUCACAGACUUUGUCCUCCCCCAGAACAGAUAUAUAGCUUACAUCGGAAACUAUCGGGAAUAUUUUUGUUAUGUGCAAAAUUGAAAGUUAAAAUUAAUUGUCGUGAUAUGUUCAGAGAAAUAUAUCACAAUUAUCACUUGAAAUGAGUUUAGUUACGUAGCGAUUAGUUUAGUAGCUGCAUAAUUAAAAAUAAAAUAUAAAAUAUACCUUUUAUUGUAUAAUAAGUAUUAGAUAUGCUUUUUUACCAUAUUUUGGAGGCAGUUUUUGCUUAAUAUGUAAUAUUUUUAAUAAAAGAUUUUAAAUAGUGCGCGCAAAUUUAGAACAGUACCGUAUGAAGCCAUACGAGUUCAGUGUUGCAUUCACUAUUUUGCUUAUAUAUAUAUAUGUGACGGCUAUAACCGUCAAUGGUUGGAACGUACAAAAUGUUUAUAUAUUAUACGAAAUGCACAGUCUUAUAUGUACACAUACUCACACAGAUGUCAAUUACAUUCAAGUGUUAUCAGAUAGUUAAAAAUCAUUAAGAAGACAACUUUAAAAUAAAUUUAUUUAUAAUUAUUAAA